AUGUCGAUCAAGUUUUCUUCUCUGAGCAAGAUGCUUAAUCUAGGCCGCAAAUCCAAGGAUAUUUUAUCUCAAUCGCAACGCAUUGAGCACAAGAUAUCUGGGUGGCAGCCUUCCUACCUUCGGCGACGAGUGUUGAUCGUAUUCGUCGUCACAUUCUGUGGAGUCAUAGCUACCCUCGAAGCACUCAACCAUGUCUCCCAAGUUCACGAUGGAAUUGCCUCUUCAAUCGAAAGCCGCCACUAUCUCUGGACUUACGGACCCACUGCCAUCUUCACUGUCAUCGCUACCUUGUGGUCGCGUGUUGAAUUUCAAGUGAAGCAAAGAGCGCCAUGGAAGUCGAUGGCCGAAAAGCCCGGAGAAGCCAGGGAAUCUAUACUCUUGGACUAUGUGUCAGAGAUCCAGCUGAUAUCGAUCGUCAAAGCCAUAAGAAAUAAGCACUUGGACGUGGCCGCUGGAGUUACCUGCUCUAUGCUUCUGCGUCUCUUGGUAAUUUUCUCAACCAGCCUCUUUUCAUUGCAAAGGGCCCAAGUGCAUCGUUCCUCGGGCUCAAUUCAAUUCUCGGCCGUUGGACAGGAUAUUGCCAAUGAAAACCGAAUUGCUAUGACACAGCUAUCCUUCCGCCUGAUGGAGGUCUGCUUGAUACUAGCAGCAUUGUUAGCGGUUUCCAUGAUCUUUCUAGGGCCACGCACGACUAUCGCACCUUGGAACCCGACUUCCAUUUCAUCUGUUACCGCAAUUAUGGGAAAAAGCGACGAAAUUUGUCAAUCACUUCGCGGGACCGGUGCGGCUCCACCGGAUGCGCUUCAUGAUAGUCUGAAAGAGCAGCGCUACUAUUCACAAAUUACACCCAAGGGGUUCUUGAUCAAAACAGAAGGAGGUAAUCACAGAAGCCUCGGCGAGCAAGAAAACCACUCAUCAGCAUGGGCACCAUUUCCUGGUCUCAUUGGUCGCUGUGCCAUCUUCACUGCAGUCGCAUUGCUUAUUGCAGCCUUGGAAAUUGCAUUGCAUGUCUCGCAGAAGAACGAGGGACUGGGAAACGUCUCCUCUAAUGAACAUUACCAUUACCUGUGGACGAUAAUCCCCUCGCUAUUCAUGGUUAGCAUUGGUCUUUUGUUCGGGAGAAUGGACUUCAAUUCCCGAAGCCUAGCACCCUACGCGCAGUUGCAACAACCUGCCGGCGCGCUAUUCAAAGAAUCCGUGACGGUGGACUAUCUAGAUUCGUUCGCUAUCACCAGCAUCGUUCGUUCAAUCCGUACAAGACACUUUGCUGUUCUGGCUACUUCCCUGGCUGCCUUGGUCACCUCGUUCCUAGUCAUCGUUACAAGCGGCUUGUACUCUGCAACCGAGGUCCCCUACCAAAUCAGUAUAAAUUUCACACAGGAGACCACUUUUUACGGAGGCAGUCUAGCAGACUCUGAUCAAAGUUCCAGCAUGGCUGUUGCCAAACAAAUCCUUCACAAAAACUGGAAUUUCCCCCGCUGGACCUACGAGGAGCUUACAUUCCCCAAAAUUUCCAUGGACACGCCCUUGUCCAGCAAUAAGACAGAGAAUUCAUUUGUAGACAUUCGGAUGCCUGCCUUAAGAGCUGCUCUUGCCUGUUAUUUCCAAACGGGCAGCCAACUGCAGUGGAAUUUCACCAAGGCCAAUCAUGGCAACGAGUCAACCUACCAACUCAGGGUUCUUGCGCCCAAUAUGCCCUGUUCUCUGUCAGAAGACCAUAUGGGAUCAACUUCCUUGACCUCUUCAGUGGCUGUUCUCAACUCCCAAGGUCCUUUUGGGCAAUCAAGCAUGCUCCCAUGUGGCAACCGCAACAGUGUCAAACCCGCAACCUUGUAUCUCUGGGGAAAUAUCAGAAGCGAGUCCGUGGGGAAUCUAAAUGCAAUGACGUGUGUUGAAGCCGCCGAGACAGUCGACACUGUGACACGAUUCCAGCUGCCUGGCUUUGAGAUCACCGAUGACCAUCCCCCAGUCCCUGACGAGUCAUCUGCGAGAUCAACCGAAGAUGUUGAUGUCCCGUGGAUCAGUUGGAACAAUUUCAAUGGAACAGAUGCUACAGCCGAGAACUCAAAUCUGGAUGGGUUCUUCACAGCGCUUGUUAUGGGUAAAUAUGCGAUCCCAGCAGAGAAUCUCGUGAACUCAGACUCUAGUGACAUGGUCAUCAAGGCAAUCAAGCACCAGGAUAGGAUCCUCAAAGCACAGAUAUUCAACGAUUACCCUCGCAGUGCGGCAGACAGCGGGCUGGACCAUACCUCUCUACCCGGGAACAUCACGGUAUCGAAACGACUGCGCCUGUUGCAAGACGCAACAUCAACACGCGUUCUUGAAGCGCUUCUCGCUUCUAUCCUCAUCAUGGGUAUCAUCAGUUCCAUUCUCAUGAACACGGAUCGCGUCUUGCCAAAGAACCCGUCGAGCAUUGCCGCCGUCGCGAGUCUCCUUGCUGACUCAAAUAUCCUCGCUCGAUACGAGAAGGUCAUGGGUGAUCCGAAUGAACAGUCGCUUGGUCAGGCUUUCUUCUCCCGGUGUCGCUUUUUUCUCGAAUUCCGUGGGGACGCGUCUGGUCAGGGGGAUCCUUGGCAGUUGUCAGAAUAUCAGGGUUGUGAGAAGUACUGUGUAUACUUCUCAGAAUGGGAUGGUGAGACGAUGUCGGGUAAUGGGUCGAUGUGGUUGAGGAAGGAAUUCCGGGCAAAGGAAACAGGAGUUAAGGAGCAGGCAGUAUGA